UAUGGGUAUUUUCUGGAACUACACAUUGAAUUAUCCAGUAUCAUUGUAUAAUCUUCCUGGGCUAGUGAAGGCAGUUAAGGCCCAGUCAAGACACCUCUCAACUUUUGUUUUUUUUUCUUAGGUCUUAAUACAGCAUUGGUGGAAAGGGAUGACUUUUCUUCAGGAACCAGUAGUCGAAGCACCAAAUUGAUACAUGGUGGUGUGCGGUAUCUACAAAAAGCAAUUAUGCAGUUGGAUAGAGAGCAGUAUCGCCUUGUGAAGGAAGCAUUACAUGAAAGAGCUAACCUGUUGGCUAUUGCACCGCACUUAUCUGCACCAUUACCAAUCAUGCUACCAGUUUACAGAUGGUGGCAGCUUCCUUAUUUCUGGGCAGGAAUCAAGAUGUAUGACCUUGUGUCCGGCCGAAAGUUGCUUAAGAGUAGCUAUGUUGUUGGAAAGAAGAAAGCAGUGGAGCUUUUUCCGAUGCUUAAAAAGGAGAAAUUAUGUGGUGCAAUUAUUUAUUAUGAUGGUCAGCACAAUGAUGCAAGAAUGAACCUAGCUAUUGCCUUGACGGCUGUCAGACAUGGAGCAUCUGUUGCCAAUCAUAUGGAAGUCUUGUCUCUACUCAAAAAGAAAGAGGAAGGCAAGGAGGAUGAAGUAGUUUGUGGAGCACAUGUUCGUGAUGCGAUAACUGGUGAAGAAUUUGAUAUACGAGCCAAAUGUGUCGUGAAUGCCACUGGCCCAUUUACUGAUGGAAUCCGUAAGAUGGAUGACCCAAUGGACUCUGAUAUCUGUCAGCCAAGCUCAGGGGUGCAUAUUGUACUGCCAGAUUACUACAGUCCAAAACACAUGGGACUUUUGGAUCCUGCUACAAGUGAUGGACGUGUCAUAUUCUUCCUUCCAUGGGAGGGAAAGACGAUCGCUGGCACGACUGAUUCUCCAACAGAACUGUCCUACAACCCUGCACCUAAAGAAGCGGAGAUUCAGUUUAUCCUUAGUGAGAUCAAACAUUACCUCAGCGCAGACGUAGAUGUUCGCCGCGGUGAUGUCCUAGCGGCCUGGAGCGGAAUCCGACCCUUGGUUAUAGACCCCAACUCCAAAAGCACCGCCUCGAUCGCACGCAACCAUCUGAUCCUGGUCAGCAAGAGUGGACUGGUAACGAUCGCUGGUGGAAAAUGGACGACAUACCGAUCCAUGGCAGUUGACACAAUGGAAACUGCUAUUAAGGAGCGCGGGCUCAAGCCGGCCAGGGAUUGUCAAACAGAUGGACUUUUUCUUGAGGGAGGGGAGGGUUUCUCGUCAAAUGACUUCAUUCGACUUGUGCAAGAUUUUGGUCUCGAAGUUGAGGUUGCCAAACACUUGUCUCAUACAUAUGGGAACAAGGCACCGGAAGUCGCCAAACUAGCCAGUAUAACCGGAAGUCGUUGGCCAGUCGUGGGGAAACGACUUGUGGAACAAUUUCCGUACAUCGAAGCGGAAAUCCAGUACGCUGUCAAGGAAUACGCGUGCACGAUCGUAGACAUCCUUGCCAGAAGAACGCGCCUCGCGUUCUUAAACGCCGAGGCUGCGGCCGACGCUAUUCCGAAGAUUGCCGAGAUCAUGGGGAAGGAACUGAAGUGGUCCAAAACAAAGAAAGAGGCAGAAAUAGCUGAAACGCACAAGUUUCUCGGAGCCAUGGGAUUGGACGUUCAAGAGCACGUGCGACGCGUGGAGGUCAAUUUUAGCGAAGACGAGAUCAAGGAGUACGAGAGAGUGUUCCAGCGAGUCAACAAAUCCAAGACUGGCUGUGUAAGCUCACUGGACUUGAGAAACAUGCUGAAAGAAAUGGGAGAGGAAGUGUCUGAUAAACAACUUCAUGAUGUGAUAGCUGAGGUGGAUACUAAUAGGAAUUCUUGCGUGGAAUUGGACGAGUUUUUGCAGGUAAGAAAUGUAGGCAGGCGGCGUCAGACCAGUACUCGAUCCAGACCGCUCUCUCUUUGAAACAAUCCAAGCCUGCGAACAGGCUCCCGUCUAGCCCGCACGAACGAGGGAGCCCCCCCCUGUCCCGCCCCGAUCGCUUCGCCCUCCGAAUUCUUCAGUUUCGCGCUCGUCUGCUCAGUUCGCUUGCCGUAUUUUUUUUCCGUCCUCGCCGGGAGCCUGUUCGCAGGCUAAAGCAAUCCAAUCUGACCCGUAAAUAGCGACUGGGAAAGAGUCUGAGGCUGCGUUGUGUUCUCGGGAAAAACACUUUCCUCUCGCAGUGCCUCACGCCACCCAGGCGUGUAAAUGGGUAAGGGCAAAUUUAAUGCUGGGGCUAACCUUGUGAUGGACUAGCAUCCCAACCAGGGGGGAGUAGA